AGUGAAUGAAGCUGUUGCUAUGGCGCGUUGUCAUGGUGACGUUGGUUUUGUCACGUGUCAGUUCAGUAACACGUGGUGAGGGGUAUUGUGUGACGUAUAGUGACUGCGGAGGUGUGCCUUGUGUUAACAACACUCCAGCUAAACCCAUCUCCAGUUAUCAGACACUCUCCUCUCUCAGGGAGUUCUGUCCUCAUCUCAAGGAGGAAUCUGGGUUUUGUUGCGACGCCGAACAAGUGACUAUCAUGGAGAAAGCUCUUUCAAAAGCUGAUAAUCUGCUGAAGUGCACGCCAGGGAGAGACAAUUUCAGAACUCUAAUUUGUGACAUGGUAUGUGGGCCUAACCAGGCUAACUACUUGGAGAUAACAGAGAGCAAACAGUACGGAGACAGGAUUCAGGCUACCCACAUCAAAUACUUUAUCUCUACCGAAUACAGUGACGCAGUAUGGAGAAGUACUAGAAAACAAAGCAAAUUACUUUGCGGGAAAAUAUUCAGUGAAUGCUCUAAACAAGACCUCUUCAAAUUCAUAGGAGAUAACAGAUGGACUAAGUUGAAGACAGAUUACGUUAUAGAGAACACACCGUCUCGUCCGGGGAUCAAACAUUCCUCUCCCUCCCAGUUAGCAUGCCCUUCCUCCUCCUCCUGUCAGUGCUAAUAACGUAUUGAGAAAACUGUUCUGUUAUAGGUAUUAUUGGAGGACUUCGCCGCUUCGACGCGCCGCGCAAACUAGCAUUCU